AGAUCUCCGAGUGAUGGGCACCAAACCUUCCCACCGCUACAAAGUGGGCAGGAUGCUGUUGAGCAAUGGGCAGUUCACGUCAUACAUGACUUCACCGCCGAGGCAGCAGCAGCAGGAGCUUCACGGGCUGGAAACGAGCCGUACCAACGUUUGUCACAUUGUACUUUCCAAUGUUGCCCAAUCAACGAAAGAUGACUCCUGUCUGCUGUGUGAGCUACAAGCUAGCGUUGUGCAGCAGCAGCGCGUGUUUCGGCUAACGUUACCUAUUUCGUUUUAGGUGUCCGAGUCGAAGAUGUUAACGACCUGACAACCAAUAUAUAGACUAAUGCUGGAUAAUGUUGGUUAGAUAACGUGGUUUACGACAGCUAGCAGACUGUAUACCUUCGCGUGACUAUCUCGUAGCGUUUAGCUUUCUCGCUAAAAAUACUCUUUAAGCUUUUCUGAGAAAUUAAUCGUUAAUCCCACUCGACAGAGGCUACUAUUGUUUAUCUAUUUAUAUACCGACGCCUGGCAUCCAACCCAACGCUACCUGUUGGUGCUAGGAGUUUGAAUACAAUCAAAUGGUUAAACAGAGGCGCUGGUUUGUUUUGUUUCUCUGUAAAGCCGAGUGUCUGACCGUCGGUGAGACCCGAUUGCAACAGGGACCGCCAAAUGAAUGUUCCGUUUUUUUCGUUCCGCUACAGACACGUAACAAAAGUCCCUCCUCAUGGCAGGUUAGGAGCAGGCGAUUAAAAGUGGUUUCAUUGUCAUAGGUGUAAAAUAUGAAUAUCAAACCUGCUGCCUGUUUACCACUUAAUUUUUAUCUUUAUACAUAACAACUUUAUAUAAUAUCAUUAUCUAGCUUAGGCACAGCGGUUCUAUGGUGUAAUGGUUAGCACUCUGGACUCUGAAUCCAGCGAUCCGAGUUCAAAUCUCGGUAGAACCUGACUUUUGUGUUUUGACAGCGUCACAUUAGUGUACCGAUAUAGGAUGAACAUAGAGAGUUACAGUCAAACCUUUUCAUCUACAAGAGAAAACGUUCCAAAGAAGUAAACAGCCAACAGAAAUUACUGCCAAACUUAAAUAAAUGCCUUAGAAUUUUAAGAAACCCCUUAACAAUAUCUUAUGGUUUUCAUUUUGGAGGAAUUGUAUUUGACUUGUUAUCCCUAAUAGCUAAAACCCAGGUCGUUGUUCACUACAGUGAACAUGUAGUAACAUUUGAAUAAAAAAUGUUCACUUUGUUUGUCUUGUACUACAUCAAUAUUUCAUUUAAAUCAGUAAAAUAUAAAACAUUUAAAUGUUUCUACUGGGUCUCAGUUUAAGGUACUUUUGAAUUGUCAAAACAAAUAUUUAAUUUAGUUAGAAAUAAAUAUUUGUGUUCACACUGUCAGUGUCUUUAGAGGAGAGUUGUUCAUUGGCCAAUGGUAAAUGACGUCACACCAACAUGGCGGCGCCCGGAGUGCGACAGUUUUAUUUACUUUGUCGCAUCGCAGGAAUAAACGUGAUUCCGCGGCAGAUCAAACCUAACUCCGUUUUAGCAGGAGACACAAACAACACGUUACAGACGAGUGUUCGGUUUGCGAGCCGAGACUCAGAAGACACACAGGACACUCAAGUGCACAUUCCAGUGGUGUCUUUAUUCUCCUUCUUGCUCGUAGAGCGUCUGACCGUGUCUUACAGCAGAAGCAGUGGUCCUGGCGGUCAACAUGUCAAUAAAGUCAGCACAAAAGCUGAGGUUCGAUUCCACGUGAAAACAGCGGACUGGAUCCAAGAGGACGUGCGACAGAAAAUCUUUGAAAAGAACCAAAACCGCAUCAAUAAGGCCGGAGAGUUGCUGGUCACCUCCGAGCUGAGCAGGAGUCAGCACAGAAACCUCUCAGACUGUGUCCAGAAGAUUUCCGCCAUUGUCGCCGAAGCUAGCAAGAAACCACGUGAGCCAACAGCAGAAGACGUAGCUGUUAGGGUGGCCAGGUUAGAGAAGAGGAACAAGGAGCGACUCAAACAGAAGAAGAUUCACUCAACAAUCAAGCACAGCAGACGAGUGGAUUUUGACUAAUUGAUUUACAGCUGUUUCUACCUCCCAUCGUUGUUUUGUCAAUAAUAAUAUAUGUCAAUAGAAAUCAUA